AUGAGCGUCGUUAUCGGUGCGUACUUUGGUGUAGGCGUUCGUGUGCUACUCACCGAAUUUGCCGACGCCAUGUACGAGAGUCAGACGGAGCUAUUGGAGCUGCUGGGCUUCGGCUUCUUCCUGCCGAAUGUGGUUGGCUGCUUCGUCAUGGGGCUUGCGACUAGGAUUAAACCGGUGCUGCGCGGUCAGUAUGAUGUACUACUGACAGGAAUAACCACAGGUUUCUGUGGGAGCUGCACUACAUUCGCUAGUUGGGAUCUCGGCGCAGGACUUAUGUUCGUUCGCGGUCGCUGGCUGAACGCCAUUUUAAUGCUGUGUGUACAAGUGGCGAGCGCGAUGGCAAGUCUUCGACUGGGCGUUCAUGUGGCCGAGGGUGUCGUGCACUACUUCACGUUUCAAGAGUAUCCUUUCCGUAAACCACCCGUGAACCUCGGACAACUCAAUCUAGACCUUGAGCGGAACAUUAACCAUUUCCGAGAGAUCAAAGUGCACACGUUUGGACCGCUGGUCGCUCGACGAGUGCAUGCUACGGAGGAAUCUUUGGCUAUCGCUCGAGAUUCGUGCAUUGAGUUGAUAGCGGAGAUCACCCAAGUCGAACACGAGCAGCAUCCGGUCCACCAUCAUAAUACGGUUUGGAUCAUCACCGCACUCUUAUUGACAGCGCUGUUCUGGAUAUUAGCGUUCUGUGGCUUUGACAAUUACCCGAGUUCGCGACUGCUUGCACUCUGCUUUGGACCGUUCGGCGCGUUGCUGCGCUGGUAUUUGUCGCUGUACAAUAGCAAUCCCGUGUGCAAUCGCUUCCCGUUCUUCACUUUCGCUCCGAACGUAGUUGCGUCAUGUUUGAGCUGCGUCAUGGAGAUCGUCGGUAGCGUCGUGUACCAGGACAGUGCUUCUGCGUACCGACAUUUCGUGAUGUGGGGCCAAGGAGGCGUCAUGGUCGGGUUCCUUGGAUCACUUUCCACGGUGUCGACUUGGGUUAACGAGUUGGAUACCCUCUCUUCAAAGCGCUUGUAUUGGGCCUAUCGAUAUGGUCUAGCUAGUGUUGUUAUCUCGCAACUCGCGAGUGUUUUUAUUCUUGGCAUGUACGACGCGUACGGCAGCGACCCUCUCAUCGGAUAA